UCGCGAGCGCCGCCGCAGUAGCGAUCCAGUCGGCUUGGCGUUCGGAUCGGGCGCGCGCGACCGAGCGAGUGCAGUCAGUGUGGUGGUUCGCGCUGCACCGAGCCUCCUCCAUCUUUCCUCUCCUGUGCUUGGCUCCCGACGCGAUGGACGCCAGCUGAAGUCGCGAGCUUGCGAACCCGAGUUGCCGCCGCCGCCGAGAGCGAGAAGCCGCCGAGGGCCCCGGUCGGACGAGACGAGGCGCGAGGGAGGCGCGGGAGGCGAGGAAGAAGAUGAGACCGCUGUCGCUGCUGCUGACGCUGCUGUGCUGCGACGCUGGGCCGCUGGUGCUGGCGAACGUGGACAAGUGCGCGGACGUGUGCACGUGCAAGUGGAAGAGCGGCAAGAGGACGGUGGAGUGCAAGCCGCGCUCGCUGACCUCGGUGCCCGACGGUAUCGACCCGGAGACCCAGGUGCUCGACGCCAGCGACAACGACAUCGGCGCCCUCACCAACAACAUCUUCGUGAAGGUGCGCCUGACCAACCUGCAGAAGCUCUACCUGCGCGCCUGCAAGAUCCAGCGCAUCGACGAGCAGGCCUUGGCGGGGCUGACCAACCUCGUCGAGCUGGACCUCAGCCACAAUAGGCUGGGCCAGGUGCCGAGCGCCUGCUUCGCGAACACGCCCUUCCUGCGAGAGCUCAGCCUCGGGCACAACCCGCUGCAGAAGAUACAGACGCACGCCUUCCAGGAGACGCCCAGCCUCGUGAAGCUUGACCUGUCCAACGCCGAGCUGGCCGAGCUCGCCAGCAAGGGGUUCCAGGGCCUGGAGAUGCUCGAGACCCUGACGAUCGACCACAACCGGAUCCAGACGCUGCAGCUCGGCACCUUCGAGCCGCUGAAGAAGCUGCGCAGCAUCGAGCUGCACGAGAACCCCUGGAUCUGCGACUGCCAGCUGCGGGAGGUCAAGUCCUGGCUGGUCAACCAGAACCUGCCGACCACGAUAUCGCCGGUCUGCCAGCAGCCGGCGCGGCUCGCCAACCGGACUUUCGCCGAGCUGUCCAUCGACGACUUCGCCUGUCCGCCGGUGAUGCUGCUGGCGAGCCGCUACGCCGAGGCGACCAUCGGCGAGAACGCGAGCAUCGUCUGCACCGUGACCGCCGUGCCGCCCGCCAAGGUGCGCUGGAUCUGGAACGGCAAGCUCUACACCAACCACUCGACCGUCAACAACCACCAGAAGAUCCUCAUCUACGAGGAGGGCUUCUUUCGCAAGCGGAACACGCUGGUGCUGACCAACGCUCAGGAGACCGACACCUCCAUGUUCUUCUGCGUCGCCGAGAACCCGGCCGGCAGCGUCGAGGCUAAUUUCACGCUGCACGUAUCGCUGCGCACGGCCGGCAUGUCCACGUUGGGCUCCGGCCAGAUCGCCGGCAUAUCCGCGGCCCUGGUCGUCCUCAUUCUGCUGAUACUGCUCACGAUAAUGGUGCUGUUCAUACGGCUCAAGCGGAUGCCGCAGAAGGACGUCAAGUCGGCGGCGCCCAACUCGGACAACCUGCCGCUCGACGGCUGCAACAGCACGAGCAAUCCGCAGUCGGCGCAGGACCCGCAGUCCGCCACGUCGACGAUCAGCCGGCGCAAGGCCGAGGAGCUCGUGGAGACGACGAGCUUCGCCGGCGAGAGCACCCAGCCCCCCGCGGUCGCCGGCUACGCGCUGCAGCGCACCCAGGCGACCAACAACUACCACCACCACCACCACCAUCAUCAUCAUCACCACGUGCCGGAGAACAGCCUCGACCACUAUCUGGUGAACCGCGGCUACGAGGAGACGACGUCGACGAUGCGCCUGCAGCCCGGCGUCCUGGUGGCCAAGAGCAGCGCGGCCGCGUACUCGUCGCAGCUGAUCGACAACCCGGACCUGAUACGCGACACGCGUGGCGGCUCGGGCGACGAGCUGCUGCUGCCGCCGCCGCCGCCGCCCUCGUCCGCCACCUACCUGCAGGCGGCGUCGGCGGCGGCGGCGGCGCUCGACGUCACCGCGACCUACGGCAGCCGGCUCGUCGACAUGGAGCCGGAGGCCGGCAAGCUGCUCUACUCCGAGUGCCUCAGCUGGGAGCAGCAGGUGUGCAGGCCGUCGGUGUCGCAGCAGCCGACGACGACGCCGACGCCGACGCCGGCGCACCAGUCGGCCGCGGCAGCGGCGGCACAGCUGCAGGAGUUCCCGCCGGGUGCCAAACAGAUCCGCGUGUGGCAGAAGGGCGUGCCGGUGCUGCCGCCGGUGUCCGCUCUCAAGCGCGUCCUCGGCUCCACGCGCUCGUCGCCCGACGAGGGCUAUCAGGAAGGCACCGGUACUGACGUCUAGUGCAACACGAGGCUCAAGACUGUGCUAGAGUGGAGUGUAUAGUGCGUUUUACAUGUACAUACAGAUGAUGGACUCUCGAUUCACACGCACUCUUCUCUCAUACUCGAUACUUCUGUCACUUUCUUUGUCUCUCUCUCUCUUCCCCCCCCUCCUCCCUUGCACUCUCUCUCUUCAUCUUUCUAUCCUCAAUCACAGGUGCGAGUGCGACGUCUACUGUAUGCGAAUUUCACACAAUUUGUUUUUGAAUUACAUGUCUGCGAUAAGCAAAAAGAAAUUGAAAUUUUUCUCGUCGUUCGUUGUUCAUGCGUUGUUCUUGUUGUUCGAACAAGCAAAAAAACAAACACACACACACACACACACACACUUACGUAUAAUAUACGGUGUGUGGCGCUCUUUUGUCUGCCGCAAAACCUGAUUGAUCGGGCAGCACUACAACCUCGACAUUAUAUCACGUGCGGAGCGAGCAUUAGCGUGCGCUUUUCUCCCGAGGAGCGAUAAAAAUUUAUUGCAAAAGCGCGCGAGCCGCGCGAGCCGCGCGAUCGCUCGUUCGACGAUCACCGCGCCACAGCGGCGCAGAGAUUAUCCAAUCUCGUGCCUGUGAGCGCGCGCACGAGCUUCCUUUUAUUUGGGAGAGAGCAGCGCUGCCCGUCAUCGCUCUUCCGCGGUCGCACAACGCGGAAAGAGCGUCGAUUGAGAAUUGCGAGGGGCAAAGAAAGAGGGCCAAUUCUGAAAACGGCGCACGCGUGCGAUAAAAGGCAAUCGAGCGGAGAGCCUCGUUCUCCCCUCUCGUGCAGUACACUAACAAUACCGCGACGCGGGGCAGACGAAAGUUAUAACGCGAGCUCGCGCAGACACAUGGGGCGGCCGAGCGCUGCCGCGCGGCUUUACGUAAGCGCGCGAGAGUACAUCGAUUCAAAGACUAAAGCAGCUCUCUCUCUCUCUCUCUCUUUCGCCGUCACGUAUCGCAUUCAGUAUGACUCCGAUGCUCAUGGCACUGAAUUGUCGAAAAUUGAACGAGGCAAACAAUAGACUAUCCCCCGCCCCUUUCGUACUCUUGACGGCGUCUCGUAGAAGAGACGCGGACCAAGGAAAGCAGCCGCGCAUUUAUCAAUCCCUCAAACGCUCCGACGACGAUAUUAGGCAUUCCCGAGGUGACAGGCUGAACGAAUGAGAUACACGACGACGACGACGACGACGUGCCGGCGCCGCUUGUUUUGUUUGUUUCCCUAGGUUCUGCCUCACAUUGAACACGUGUACAUACUUAUGGAUCUUUCUUUUUUUUUUUACUUUUCGUUCGUCCGUUUGAAUCCGAUUGACCCCGUGCACUUUUAUCCUCGAUUCGCUCCACAUGCACUUUUUCCCGUUCAGUUUACCCUUAAUUGAGUUUUAUCGUUUGAAUUUUCGAUGCUCCUAAACGUGAUUAGCCAUUAUUCAACAUUCCGAGUUUGGCCUGUUUCCUCGGUACAAUGUCACACUUCGAAUGACACUUACGAGUUUAAAUAAUGCGUUCAAUAAUGUAUCAUUAAGUUUGCAAUGGCAAAGUACAAUAUUAUGCGUUUUAUUAUGGAAAAUAUUCCAAGACUUGACUAGUAGUUAUCACUUUUAUUCUAAGGUUAACAAAAGCAAAAUUGAGUUAAGUGUAAUCAUAUGUUUAGAGUAAUUAAUUAAGUGUUAGUACAGGGGAAUGGAUUCGAUCGGUUACGGUUGAAUUUUUAUUCGUUGCUAUAUAGAAUUCGAUUUUCCUUUUCAAACUAUCAAUUAUACCUCGUAAAUCACGAUAAUAUCGGUGGAAAACAAAUAUAUGUAUAUAUAUGUGAACUAUUAUCAAUUAUCAAAAUUACAACGGUCAUAUGUAUCGAAUCUUAUCAAUUAUUCAAAUUAUAAUGAUUAAAAAUAUCAACAUUUUUAUCAUUAACAAGAAAAAAUAUCAAUUAAUCACCACGCUUAAUCAAAUGUCAACUUUAGUAAUGCUUAACACGUUAAGAGAAUAGUUUUAUAGUCUUACAAUUAAGACUUAAAAUUCUUCUCAAUCACCAACGAUGUGUAAGUUGAAUUAAUCGAAAAACUGUACACUUGUCAAUUUGUUAGUUUUUGAAUUCAACAUAUCUUAUCGGAAAAAGUAAAAGCAAUAAUUUUAAAGUAAAAAUCAAAAUUUGCACGAUUGAGUUUUUAAUUCGGUGCAAACUAAAAAAAAUAUCGGCAAUACAAUUACAUAUCCUUGUUUAUCGUUCUUACAACAUAUCUUCCAAAUAUUUUAUUCGUACAAACAAUAUCAUUACAUCAUCAUUACAUAUCUAUAAUUUCUAUUGAUUAUCGUUCAACAAACAUAUCCAAAAUUGCAUUUCUUAAGAAAAAGAAAUUACCCCCGUAUAUAAUUUGCAAAUUAAUCCCGGACAAAAAUCUUGAUUAUUUAUGAAAAAUCAGAAAUAUAUGAAUCGCGCCAUAUCCCGAAUAAAAAUUCAACCGCAAGAGAUGCAUCGAGAGGGAAAAUUUCCAUUUGCAUAUCAACACAUAUCAAAGUGCUCGCAAAACCAUUCCGGGUGUACGACAAUACAAUUCCAAACGGGGGGAAAUUUUCCGUCGAGAUACGCACCCGAUUCCCUUUUUCCACUCUUUAAGUGUACUAAACUCGUUUGGGUGAUUCUAUGAGCGUGUGGUGCAAUUGAUUCGUAUCGAGCGUAACUCUGUCGAAGAAAAAACCGAAAAUGUAAGGCGUAAAUUAGGACGACGAUAAGGAAUGAAAAAGAAAACAAACGCAUGUAAGAUUAUUAGUGAAUGUUGGUUGAGUGCAACGUUACACUAGUAUAUUAUACAAAGCGUGCGUCCGUAAAAAUAUACAUAUAUAUAUAUAGUUUUCAAAGAAUCGAGUUUUGAAAAAAAUGUGGCAAUGCCGUUCUUACGAACAAAGUUUUCCGCGCCGAAGGUUCUUUCAUUUGGUCUUGUCGUGGAAAACGUUUUGCUGAGAUUCUGUAUUGUCAUCUCAACGAAACGCUUUCGUGUCGAUAUCGCAACAGCAUACUCAUGUAGGAGACUGUAGUGGAUUUAUUUUUCCUAAAUGACCGCUUUUCAAAAUCGUACAAGGCUCGUAAAAUCCGUAACGAAGAAAAACUUUUGCAAAUGUUAUCACUACUCGUUUGAAUCCAUAACGUGAAUGAAUUCAAACACAACGCACGUAGUAGAAGUGCUUAAUCUACUUGUCGACGAGACGAAAAAAGAAAGUAAACAAACGAGUCUGAAGUCCCACUCAAAUAAAUUAUCAAGCGGGGUGUAUACGUAGUGGAAGGGUUGUUUUUCUCUUUGUUGUUAUUGUUGCCACAAAGUUCCUCCUCAUCCGCGUAACAUCCUCGCUCUUAGGAAAAUAAUUACGAGUGCGCCUUAUCAGUGGGGCUCCGCGCGCUGAUGUAAAUAACGAGUAUUAUCGCGAGAACGGCAUCGCUGCAUUUUUAUGUUUUCCCUUCUUUUUUCCGCUAGAGAGAGAAACAACCAUACAAAAAAACGCGAAGGCUGACUAUAUUUCAUUGCUGUUGUAAUGUGUGUAUCGCGCGAGCGCGACGCGUGAUAUGUGUAUGUGUGUGUGUAUCAUAUGCACGCGUAUGAUAUGUAUACAUAGAACGUUCGUAAUAAAACAUAAGGAAAUGAGGACGAUGUUAAAGAUGUACAAAUUGUGUAAUUUAGUGUUGCGCGAGAAACAAAAAAAAAAUCUCGAUAUUCCUGCGCGAAAGCUCCGCGACGAGGCAAGAGUUGUUUUGUAAACUAAUAAUGUGUCUGAUCACAUGCCUCGUGUAAUACGAAGGAAAAGUAAAGCGAGAAAUUCUGACAGGGAUGUCGAGUUGGGUAUAUAGCCAGUUUUUUCUUAAAGAAAAAUUCACGUCGGCGUAAAGAUUUAGAUACCAAAGCAAAAAAGAAAAAAAAAAACAUAGACAAACACACGUGUGUACGAUGCAGGUGGCUGAACAAACAGAAAUCCCUAAAAGUUAUUCCGAGCGACUACUCAGUACGUGUUCAUAAUUAUACGUAUAAUUAUAUGAUGUAAGUACGAGCGGAGAAAAAGACAAGUUUUUUCUGUAAGAUAAACGACAAAUUAAGUAACAAAAGAAAUACGAUAUGCAUGACAACACAAACAUACACAUACACACACAUACAAUAUUAAAAAGUAACUACAGACAAAAAAAUAACUAAAAAAAGAUUAAAUAAAUAAAACCAAAAAAUCCUAGCGGUUCGAGAGUUCUGCGUUCUGAUAUUGCUUCGGUGGACUGAUUAUGAGGUUAUAUGACGAGGAUAUAAAUAAUCGUGAUUUUAUGGAUUUAAGAAAUAUUUCCUUUUUUACUUUGUAAAGUCGUAUUAUAUGCGCGUCGAAUAUUUGUAUAGCAAUCGGUUGGGUGGCCCUUCCCUACCUCUAUUUGUUUAAAAGAAGAGACCCACUUAGUUGGAUAUAAUUACUGUAUAAGGGUAACGAAUAAUUUCGUAUGGACACUGUAUUAUUUAUUACAUAAUUAUUAUAUACAUACGAUGUAAUAAACUAUUAUAUUUGUAAAAAAUUACAUCUUCGUUUUUAUUCAUUUGAAAUUCAUUGACCUAGUUGAAUAAUUACUUUUUCUUCAUUUGAAAAAUUCAAUGGAAUCAUCAACCAGAUUAUCGUGAACAGAAUGGUAUCUUGAUUUUAAUUUGACUUUAUA